AACGAUCUAUCGGGUGCCGACCCAUGGCGGCGUCGACGAUGACGACAUUCUCUUGCGCUCGUCGUUCACUGCUCACUGCUCAGUCUUCUGUCCAGACAGUUCAGUGUCGUGUCUGCGAUGUGUGCGGAUGGGUUGUCGUCGUCCGUUGCUGAUCGCACGGGUUGUGCAUCGAUUGUUAUCGUUUUAUUGCGCGCGGCGUAGAUCGUCAAUACUAAAACUUUAAAUCGACAUCGGUGAUCGUCUCUGAUCAUUACAUUAUAACCGUGCAUAACCAUUGCAGUACGCGUGACGUUUAAUUUUCCUCCGUCGAGGGCCAUCUUCCAACUAGCUGGUAUAGGUAGCUACUUUAGAAUUCAAGAAAAAAGAAUUAAUGGUUGGAAGUUUGGAAGACAAGAAUUUGUAGUAUUAUAAGGUCUUUACCACAUAUUGUUUGAUUCAUUGUCUGAUUAUUUUAAAAUGAUUGACUGGUAUGUGAAAUUAUUAGUAAACCAUCCACGUAAAGUAAUAUCAACUGUGGUGUUAUUAUGCAGUAGUACUAUUCUUAUACCUUAUUUUAUUGGACGCUUACCAGAGUUUUCACAUCCUGAACUAGGUUUUGAGACACGUGGUACUGAAAUAGGUAAUCGUCAAGUUACUUGGGACAAUUUAAUUAAAGCAUUAGAAAAAGGCACAGAGUUGGUAGAUGAUAUUACAAGAAUACCAACUCAUAUAUUACCAAAACAUUAUAAAGAUAUAGACUUCAGGAAAAAUGAUGUUGUAGUUAAUUUUAAGAAUUUGAAGUCUGAUGUGGAUUCUACAAGUGCAGAUAUAAAAAAAUUCCUACCUCAAACAUCACCAUUAGAUGAUGAAGUAUUUGAAGAAACUGAAAUGAUGACGCAACGGAAUGAUAAGAAAAGACGAAAGAGUAGAUUAGAUUUUUUUUGUUCAAGACCAACGUAUGAUCAUGCUAGAGUGGUGUUCACAUCUAGUGAUGGUGGAAAUAUUUUUACAUUUAAGUCUAUCAAGGAUAUGUGUCUUAUACAGGAGCGUUUAGAAAAUUUGGUAGCAUAUAAAGAUGUCUGUGAUGUACAAGACAAUGGAUGUUGUCCUCCGUGGUCUUUGGUUAACUACAUUACAUUGUUAAGAAAACAUAAGUCUUGUUCAGAAAUUACACCGAGAGAUAUUAAUGCAACAAUGACAAUACUUGAAGGUUGUGCUCACUUUUAUCAUGACAAUAAGUUGUUUGAAUGGCAAACAGAUCAUCCAACAAUACCACGACAAUGUGUUCAAUUUAGUGGUGUUUAUAAUUUAAUGCAUUAUCACUUAGAUGUAAAUUUUAUGCCACCACAUGCUCCAACUAAUGUUUUGACAAGUUCAAUGAUGUUUUUACCAUUUGGAAAAGGAUCAAUUGUUCAUGUUUAUGAAGCAAUGAAAGACGCUAAUUUAUCAACAUCAUUAGUUAGCAUAUCAGCAAUUGAUUUUGGUAUUAAAGAAAAGCUAUUUGACCUUGAGCUUGUCAGGGAUAUAUAUCUAAUUUUCCUGAGUACCUUUUUCAUUAUGUUAUGUGUAUUAUUUUAUACUUGGUCAAUAAUAAUUACAAUUGUGACUUUCUUGAAUAUACUAUUUUCCUUAUCCGUUUCCUAUUUUAUUUAUACAUUUGUGUUUCAAAUACAUUUUUUUCCAUUCAUGAAUGUUCUUGCCAUAAUUGUGUUAAUUGGAGUCAGUGCAGAUUCAUCGUUCAUUAUGUGUGAUGUUUGGAAAGUAAUCAAGAUCAAUGACCAGGCUGGUUCUUUGGUUGAUGUAAUUUCUAAGACAUUGAAACAUUCAUUACUUUCUAUAUCAUUAUCCACAACAACGACAUUUUGUGCUUUUGCAUCAUCAUUUCUCAGUGCUAUUAAUGGAAUUAGUUGUUUUAGUAUUUUUUCAGCUAUGGCAGUUUUUGUGAAUUUGUUAAUAACUGUAAGUUUAUUGCCAUCCUGUAUCGUACUUUUAAGCUCAAAGCACAGGCAUAAUAUUGUGUUAUUUGAAGUUGGAUCAGUUAAUAAAUUACUUUCAAUGGAGCAAAUGUUACGUGGAAUUCAAACUUCUUUUAAUGCAUGGUUAUUAAAAAUUGUGUUUCGCUUUCGAUGGGUGUGGAUAAUAUUUUUUUUUAUCCUGGGUAUUUUAAGUAUAACUAUAAUAUGGAUAUGGCCAGGUAUGAAAUUACCAGAAUCUGUAGAGUUUCAGUUGUUUCGAGAGUCUCAUCCAUUCGAACAAUAUGAUUUGAUAUAUAAAAACCAAUUCUGGUUUGAAAGAAUUUUAAGGAUUGAUAAUAAUCCAGAAAAUCGUGUUCCUCUACGGUUUGUCUGGGGUUUGUUUCCCAAUGAUACGGGUAAUCAUUUGGAUCCAGAAGAUCAUGGAAAUUUAGUAUAUGAUCCAAACUUUGAUAUAGCGCAUCCUAAGUCGCAAAGUUGGCUAUUGCAGUUUUGUGCAAAUUUACGCUUACAGCCUUUCUAUCGAGCUGUUGGUGGACCACAAUUGACAAAUUGUUUUAUGGAAACUUUUGUGAAAUGGAUGGGCCAUGCUUGUGUAAAUAAUCUCGAAAAAGAUCGAUGGCCAUGUUGUAAUUCUUUUGAGUUUCCAUACCCGAGAAAUAUAUUUCAUUUCUGUAUUAUGAAAGCCAUGUACAUUGUGUAUAAUACACCAGUUUCCAUAUUUGUUCCUUCUGCAGCUGGACCUAAGUUUUCAAAUCCAUUAUUUCAUCCAGAAAACCAAACACUCAUGCCAAUCAUAAAAGCUGUUGUUGUAGAAUUAGAAAGUAAUUUUAUUUUUACUACAUCUUAUACUGAUAUGGAACUCUUUUACAAACAAGUUGAGUCAUGGUCAUCUAAAAUGAUGGAAACUGCUCCGCCGGGCCUCAGAAAUGGUUGGUUUUACAGUCAUCUUGGUUUCUAUGAUCUUCAAAAGACAUUAAUUGAAGACACUAUAAUGUCAGCUGUUAUUGCACUUUUUCUUGCUUUUACUAUAAUGUUCUUUGUAACUACAAGUAUUUCAUUAACUGUAAUUACAGUGCUCUCCAUAUUUUUUAUCAUAUGCACUACAAUUGCUGUGUUGGUUUUGAUGGGCUGGCAUCUUAAUGUCUUAGAAUCAAUUGCUACUUCUGUAGCUAUUGGUUUAUCUGUAGAUUUUAGUUUGCAUUAUACUAUUGAGUAUCAGUUGGCUUGUGAAGACUCACCUAGAGCAACAGCUAUUUCAAAAGCAUUGUCCUUAAUGGCCUGUCCAUCAUUAAUGGGUGCAAUCACAACUGGCGCUAGUGGAGCAUUCAUGUUGCCUUCAGAUGUUUUACCGUAUGCUCAACUAGGCAUAUUUUUGAUCAUAAUAAUGUUUAUUAGCUGGUUCUACUCAACUUUUUUUCUAGUAUCACUUUUAUCAGUAUUUGGUUCAGAUUAUGAUCAUGGUCCAUAUCCAUAUCGUUGUUGUAAGAAAUUACGAAACAUCAAUGUGAAUGAAAGACAUAAAAAUCGUGUAAGACAUGCUUCUCCAUUUUCUAAUGUUGCAUCAGAAUCAACUGUAUCAUGUAUAAGCACUGCUAUUGUUAAUCAAUCUACAGCUCAAGAAUUAGAAAAUUUAACUGUUCUCCCAGUAAAAUGUCAACCUUCUAGUACAAAAUCUGUUACUUCGUGCUUAUAUUUGAAUGUUGAUGAUAAUGAUGUGAUAAAAAAAAAUGAAACUAAUGCCAUACACAUUUAAAAUUCGUCGUUAGUUAAGUAUUUUUAUUUGAACAUAGAAAAUACCUACCGAAUUUUAUUAUUUAUUGGGUAUUUGAUAUUAAUAAACUUUUAUAAACUUAUUAUGUCUAUGAAAUGAUUUAGUAAAUAUUUACUGUAGUGUUCCGACUAGAGUGGGCAAACAUAGGGAUUGAUUAUCUGUCAUACUUAAAUUAGCAAGGUUACAUCUAUUAGAUGUACACUUACCAGUAUUUCCUCGAUUUUGAAGAACCUUUGUGGUGAUUUACCCAGCCUCGCGGGCUUGGAGGCCACUAUAGGCCUUAAGUUUGGUGACCGAAGCCAUUAGGCGCUAGGAACUAUUAUUGUGAUACUUACUUAAAUUUUAUACUGUAAUAGUAAUUUGUAGUAAUUCGAGGGAUAUGUUUAUGUGCUCACUAAUACAUAUAUACUAAUACCUGUUGCACAUAAUAUUAAAACAUGUUUUUUUUUUCUGCGGAGUUUCAUAACAUACCUAUUGUUUUAAAUGAAAAACAAAUUAAUAAUUAUAACUAUAGUAUAUAGUAUAUAGUUAUAAUUAUGAAAAUUGCUUGUGCUCAAUUAAAUGUUCAUUAGUUUAUAUUAAGUAUAAAUUUUAUUUAUUUGUGUAGAUAGUUAAAAUGAUUUAUGUUUGUAAAAUAUUUACUUUGUUAAUAUUAGUUUUGAAUUUUGAUCUCUUUAGUUUGUAAAAUUAUUGUGUUUUUAUUAUUUUAUGAAAUUUUUUGAGUUUAAUAUUUGAUGCAUUUAAUAAAAUGCUAUUGUUUAUUAUAUUAUAGUUUAACAAUGUAAUAGCUAUUAUAUUUAAAUAUAAGUUACAUGUGUAUUAAAUUAUAUUUAUAAUUUUUAAUCAUAAAAGUAAUAUACCUAUGUAUACAGACAUUCAGUUAUUUAUGUUUAUUAGUUUAUUGUAAAAAAAAAAGAUAUUUCAAAAUAUUAUUAUUAUUGUAAACAAGUUCAUUUGACUGAAAGGAAAAGAGCGGAAUUAAUUGUGUUACUUCAAAAAUAUUUUGCGGCUUUUAAAAAUAUAAACUAAUUUUUUAGUUUUAAGACAUAGACUUAUGAACUAAAAUGUUGUCGAAUUAAGAAGUAAUUUAUAAGUGAGAUUCAGAAAUUUAACUAAAAUAUACAAUAUAAUUAUUUAUUUAUUUUUAAUGGUUAUAAUUAUUGUUAUUGUUACCAAGGAGAAUGUCAGCGCAUUAUGUUUUUCUUAAUUCUUUUUCUAAACCAUGCGCAGCAUAGCAAAUUUGCGUUUAAUCUUUCAACAAAACUAAUCCUAUAAUGUUAGCUAGCUGUAGUAAUAAUGAAUAAACCUAUCAUAAAAUUUAAAGUUAAAAAUGUAAUCUAUAUUCUUACUUCUUACGUUGGCUUUUUCAUGAAGUUAUGUGUAAGAAUGUGCAUAAUUUCAUGGAUUUAAAAAUGUUCAUAUCUUACUUUAAAAUUGAAAUGUCAUAAAAUUUCAACGUUAAAGCACAGAUCAAGUUCUUAACUUUAAGUUUGAUAAUAAGUCAUUUUACUUAAAUACUAGCGCUAAUAAUUAAUAUUACAAGGUAGAUUUAGUUGAACGUCAAUUUUCUAUGUUGCGCGUAGGUCGCAGAGAGAAAACAAAUGGUGUGCUGACAUCCUUUUAAUUAAAAUUAUUUACAAUAGGAAGUGGUGGUGUGAAAUAUUUUUCACUAAACCUACACACAAAAAAACAUUUACUGACAUAGUGAUAUAGUCUUUAAUACUCAUAAUUUUUGUAUAAUCUACGUGACCAUGCUAAAAUAAUUAUAGUAUAUUAUAAUUAUUAAGUAUAGUGAUCAGGGGCGUAUUUAGAAAUGUCGGGGGGGAUGACCACAAACAAAAAGUUCAAAUUUGCGUACAUGGGGCGUAGAGUUGUAAAAUUUUUCAUAUAAUAAAAAUGAGUAUAAAAUAGGUGAAUGGGGGAGGCACGGGCCCCAUGUGUCCCUCCCUUAAAUACGCCCCUGAUAGUGAUGGUGUUCGAUGCCUCAUUUCAAGCACUCGCAAGCACAACAAUUUACUAGUUUUACAAUUUACCAGUCACGCCAGCACUUAAUUUAACAAUAUAUUAAAUAUUGCUCUUUUGCAUUAUGGUUGUGCAAAAUAAAUUGUGAACUGUAUAUUGAUGAAUGUUGGUUGAUUUUCUUUAUUGUCUUAAGUAGAUAUCUACAUAUAUAAUAUUGUAUUAUUGCAUAAUUAACUACAUUACUAUUAUAAAUGUAUUUACCUAUAUUAAUAUUAUACAUGGAAUUGAUUUGUAUUAAAUAUUCUGUUGUGAUGGAA